GCGCCGCUGCCGCCAUGGAGCGGCGCGUGGCGGAGCAGCUCCGCAGCGCGCUGGGCCCGCUCGGCCUCGAGGCGCACGCCUUCAAGGUUGGGUGGUACAAUGCUGUUCUCCAGCCAGCCUUCCACCUCCCCUACCCAGAUGACACGCUGGCCUUCGUGAUCCUCAGCACGCCGUCCAUGUUCGACAAGGCCCUUAAGCCUUUUGUGAACAAAGAACGAUUAAAAAUAAUCAGGGAUCCUGUGGAUCAGUGUAUUUCCCAUCAUUUAUCACGUGUGAAGGAGAAAUUCCCUGACCAGAGGGUGGAUGUCAUGUUUGACUACGAGAUGCUGCCGAGCCGAAAGCCCAAGUUCCUGGCACAGACAGCUGCCCACGUUGCUGGAGCUGCAUAUUACUACCAAAGGAAGGAUGUGAAACUUGAUCCUUGGGGGAAAAAGAGGAUCUUUGGUGUUUGUAUCCAUCCCAAGUAUGGCGGCUGGUUUGCUAUCCGGGGUCUCCUGCUCUUCCCAGCCAUUCAGGUGCCAUUCCUGGAACAGCCUGCCCCUGUUGACUGUGUGAGCACGGAGGAGAAGAGGAUUGAGCUGCUGGAGCACUUCAAUUUCCACUGGCAGGACGGCCGCUACAGGGACAUCAUUGAAGUGAAGGAAAGGUACUCGGAGGAGCAAAAAGCCUAUUUUGCCACUCCUCCAGCCGAGAGAUUGCGGCUGCUGGGGCUCUCACAGGAAGCCCAGAGAAUCGCAUUUCACUGAGAAACCGGCUCCGAGGAGGGCAGAGGGCAGCAAAGGGUAACUCCUGAGCCCUGGCUUUUCCCGGUGCCGAGGGGGAGGAGGAGGAUGGUUAUGCUGGUACAGACAAACCCGAGCAGCCUCAAUGCAAACAUUGCAGUCAGAGCUUCCCAGGGAGAGGGGCACUGCUCCAGGGGCUGGGGGAGCUGGGAGCCGUCUGUUCUGUGCUGCUGCUGAUCUGGGGUGUGCUUGGGGGAGUCCAGGAAGGUGCCAUUAGCCUUUGCUUGGGAGUAGUUUAGACAUCCUGGCAACUCCAAAAUCCAUGCUGCUCAUUAGAGAAAUCACUUUUGUUCUCAAGAAUUUUCUUUCUGAGUGUUCUGGUUUUAUUCUUUGUAGGUGUAAAAAAAAAUUCAGUUAUUGUACUACUUAGUUGGAUUUUGUCUAAACUUGGGGCAGGUACGUUUUCAGAUGUUCCCUAAGGAACACAUGUCCAGUCUUUACAGUCUUGCCUAGGUCACAUUUAAGCAUUUAUCCAUUCAUAGAGCUGACUGGAAUAUUGGGAAAGAUGCUGAGUAAUGUCCAUAUGAUUGGAGGUUUUACAUACAUUAAGAUAAUUGAAUGAAAAAGACAAUUCUCAUGGCCUUUUCUAAGGUAGACCACAUUUGUGUUAAAAGUAUUUUUCAGUGCCAGCACACAGCACACCCCCCACAGUUACUGCCACAGUUUCCUGGUGUGCUUUCUUUGUGGGAAAGAUUGCAAACCUGCACACGUGUAAAAGCCAUGGCACUAGGCCUUGUCACAUGCACAGGCAAACAAGCACAGAAGAAAUGGAAAUAUUAAUGACAUUAUGUUACUUAUAUUGCUGGAUUAAACAUGUUCAGACAGAAGCAACAUUUUUUACAUGACUUUGUCCUGUUACAUUUGUUCAGAGGCUACAAUGCACCUGGAAAUCAGGAAUUAAUUUCUCUUUGAGCAAUUUGAGGCUCAGAUCUCGUUAAAGUGAUAUCAUACAUUAAAAUAAUAUUUUGUGGGAGUUGUUUUACUAGACUGCAGUGCAAUGUUGCAAAUGGACAGGCACUUUUUCCCUUUUGAUGGUAUCAACACGAUGAUGAAGAAAUACUCACUUUGCAGAACUGAGCCCUUUUUUAUGCUGGGAUUCUUCAAAGCUUUUGGAGACUCCACCACUAAGGCUGCCCUCACCGUUGUUCACUGCUUGACACAGUUGCCCAUAGUCACUACACUAACUCAUUGUAAUCCAAAUUCAGGAUAACAAGUUUGCUUCCCUGUAAACAGAGUAGUGAGCAUGUGAUCACUGGGUUUGUUCACUGCAUUUGCUGUUACAAAAAAGUCUUUGUUGUUUUCCAUGCUUUGGUCAUCUCUGACUAAGGCAGGCACCUGACCUAGAAUGUGAUAGAGGUAUUGUGAUGUUUAAUUUAAUGAAAGAAUGAAAUUUGUUUAAAAUCUGUUCUUUUGUUACAGAAUUACUUCUGGUUCAAAUUUGUUUGAUGUUUCAGAACUUUGAAACUGAACUGUAAUUUAACGGGCUUGAGCUAAUGGCUCCUGUUAGUAACAAAGACAAAAUACUGAUUCUCUUAGAAGGAUAUAGAUUUGAAUCAAAUCUAUCUUUGUACAUUACAAUUUAAAGUAAAAUAUUUUGAUUUUUUGGUAUUGAUUUCUUACAAAUAUUUAAUAUUUUGUCUUAAUUUAUUAAACAGAUUACCAUGGUCACUGCAUUUCAAUUUCUGUAGUUUAUUUAUCUUCAAAUGGUAUUUUGGUUACUAACUAUACUAAGUUGUAAGUAAACUUCAGUACUGAGUAUUUUUAUUUAAACAAUGCAGUUCUUAACUUGUGGAGAACUCAAGAUGUUCAAGCGAGAAUCAAUCAUGGUUUUUUUAACAUCCUGAAAAGUGUUAGCUACCUAAGACACACCAGUCCAGUAUCUGAAAACUAAGGAAAAAAAAUGGUUAUCUUAGCAGAAGUUGGUAUACUAUUAUCACAGGCCCACUGGGAUAUAAAAAAUCACACUAUGAGUAAGUCCAAUAAAGGUUUAUCUUUCCCAGAUCAUUUCAGCAAGAGCAUUAACAGCGAGCACCAUGACAGCGCAUGUCUCAUUACUUCCUCUGUUCUUAACAGUAACAAAAGUUCCAGAUGUCCAGUGAGACAUAACUGAGGGACUUUCCCUCAGUAGCACUAAAGUAAGGCCUGUAAGUACUGGAAUUUUUACUAGAUAAAACCUAUUAGUGAACAGAGUCACAAAUCCGUGUUCCUUGUGCUUCUGGGAAUACAGUUGUGUCAGGCAGAACAGAGUGCAAAUAUUCAGCAAUACCCAUUGCUACUACAGUGAUUUUGGAGUGACUUGGACGGGCAUUACUUCCUUUCUCUUAGCUGUGAGAUCCACAGCUGCACAGUGAGAUACACAGUGAGUAGAUUUCUCCCCUUGCUGGUUGGAGUAUAAUGGCCUUUGUCUAAUAAAAUUGAAGUUUGAGAA